AUGUCUCCCUGGCUCACCUGGCAGAGAGCAACCGUCCCCUUGGUACUGACCUGUCUCCUUAGGGACGCAGGGGUGGUUCAGGCGGCCGUGUGUUCUCGGUGGGACCAUUCAGUUGAGCUGGAUGACUACCAUCUCUUCCAGGAAGGAGACGUGUUGAUCGGGGGUCUCUUCCCCAUCCAUAACCUCCCUCCUGCUCCAGACCUAAGCUUCACGCGACCUCCUCAUCUGCAGUCCUGUCUCAAUUUCCAGGGGGCGAUGUUGAAGCAUGCGUAUGCCUUAGUGUUUGCCGUGGACGAGAUAAACCGUAACCCCUUCCUGUUACCUGGGGUGAGGCUGGGCUACCGUAUCCUGGACAGCUGUAGCCAGCAUCCCUGGAGCCUACGAGGGGCACUAACUCUGGUUUCAGGGGGGAAACUCAGCUCACGAAUAUCUGGCCACCCUGUUUCCGUGGUUAUUGGUGACUCGGCAUCCACUUCAACUAUAAUUCUGACCAAGACCCUGGGCCCGUUUGGUGAGCCUGUGAUCAGUUACCAGGCUAGCUGUGCAUGUCUAAGUGACAGAAGGGCGUUUCCUAACUUCUUCAGAACCAUUCCCAGUGAUGUGUACCAGGCCCGCACCAUGGCACGGCUCGCACAGCGUUUCGGAUGGACCUGGGUUGGAGCUAUCGUAGCCGAUAACGACUAUGGGCGCCAGGCUAUACAGGUGUUUGAGGAGGAGAUUCAAGGGACAGGGUUGUGCUUGGCAUUCUUUGAGACACUCAGUCGGGAGAACCUGGAGAUGGAUGUGAAGCAAGCAGUGGAUGUGGUCCAGGGCUCGACUGCCCGGGUGAUCCUGGUCUUUCUGUGGUACACCGACACUGAAGCGUUACUCAUGGAGCUGGUGAGGAGAAACGUGACUGACCGUCAGUUCCUGGCCAGUGAAGCUUGGAGCACCAGCGUGGACCUCCUACGAAACCCUGCCCUCUUUACUGUUGCUCUGGGCGUUUUGGGGGUGGCUAUCCGCAGUGCGCCCAUAAAUGGCUUUGAGGCCUACCUACGAAGUCUCCACCCUUCUCGUCGUCCCAGAGAUGCCCUGUUAAGGGAACUCUGGGAAACAGAGUUUGGCCUGGUUUCGUGCAAUGGGGCCGAAACUCUGGAGGUGGUGGAGAGCUCCUUCACAGACACCUCCCAGCUGAGAGUGACCUAUAAUGUGUACCUGGCUGUGUAUGCCGCAGCCCAUGCCCUCCACAGCCUCCUGUCUUGCCCCAACAAAGACAGCCGUCCAUGGGCCAAGAGCUCCACCUGCCCCCCUCCUAGUGACAUCCGCCCAAUGGAGCUGCUGCAGCACCUAAAACAGGUAAAUUUCACUACCAGACUGGGCAAGAUGUUCUACUUUACGGGUGCUGACAUCCCUGCUGUCUACGACCUUGUGAACUGGCAGGCUACGCCCCAGGGGUUUCUGAAACUGGUCACGAUUGGCCGAGUAGAGCCACCUAACCUAUUCAUUAACGAAUCUGGGAUCCAGUGGAAUACAGAAUUGAACACGGUGCCUGUGUCAGUGUGCAGUGAGAGUUGUCCUCCAGGGACCCGUGUGGCCAAUAGAAAAGGGGAGCCUGUCUGCUGCUUCGACUGCAUCCCCUGUGCUGAGGGGGAGUACAGUAACACCACAGGCUCUUUGCAUUGUGAACACUGUCCCCUGGAAUUCUGGUCUAACAACCAUCGGAACGCCUGUGUGCCCCUUCAGCCUGAGUUCCUUUCCUUUGCCGACACCAUGGUUGUCACCCUGACUGUUGUUGCUGUGUGUGGCGCCUUGGCAACAGCAGCUGUGUUUGUUCUCUUCGUGUACCACCGUCACACCCCUUUAGUGCGAGCCAACAACUCAGAGCUGAGCUUCUUGCUCCUUCUGUCACUCAAGCUCUGUUUCCUUUCCUCAUUGAUGUUCAUUGGGCGUCCCUCAGUGUGGGCAUGCCAAAUCCGCCAGGUGGCAUUUGGGGUCAUCUUUGUGCUUUGCCUGUCCUGUCUCCUGGUCAAGACCAUUGUGGUCCUGGCUGCAUUCCACUCAGCCAGGCCUGGUGCUGGGCAGCUAAUGAGGUUGUUUGGACCCAGUCAGCAGAGAGGGAGUGUCUUUUUAUUCACUAGUGUUCAAUUGAUUAUCUGCGUCGUGUGGCUGUCCACAAGCCCGCCCAUGCCUUACCAUGACCUUGGUGUGAAGGGGUCGAAGGUCGUCCUGGAGUGUGCGGUGGGAUCUGUGGCUGGCUUCUCUCUGGUCCUGGGCUACAUUGGCCUGCUGGCUUCCCUCUGUCUGCUAUUGGCCUUCCUGGCCAGGAAACUCCCAGACAACUUCAAUGAGGCCAAGCUCAUCACCUUCAGUAUGCUGAUAUUCUGUGCUGUGUGGGUGGCCUUUGUCCCCGCCUAUGUCAGCUCUCCUGGGAAGUAUGCGGAUGCUGUGGAGAUAUUUGCCAUCUUAGCUUCCAGCUUCGGCCUACUGCUCUGCAUCUUCAUACCAAAAUGCUUUAUCAUCCUGCUGAGGCCAGAGAGAAACACCAAGAAACACAUGAUGGCCAAAUAAAAUUAAGAACAAAAAAUAUGAUGGGCAAGUAAAAAGAACAAAGAAAAUGGGCAAAGAGAAAACCCCAAGAAACACAAGAUGGACAAAGAUAAUAUGCAUUGUGUUUUAAUCACACAAUUUAUGCACAUGUACUUUUACAUCUUAUGUAAAAACAGUACAAAUAAAUCUACCCACAAACACUGGCAGCUACACACUGUUCAGACAAUAAAAAAGCAAAUGGCCUCCAACAAGCAUGAUUUCCUCACACAGUUGUGUUUCUGUAUCAAAUCAGUGAACAAUGAGUCAGCAAUUAAAAUGUUGUCAUAUGAAUCACUACAUCCAGGCUCCUCUGUACAAUCAUCAAAAUCCAUUUCUCUCC